CCUAACCCUCCCGAAACACUUCAUUGCCGGCGAGCUGCUGCAAUGGCCGUCGAACUCGACUGAACUUGAGACUUUCCGUCAAAAUAUUCAUUUUAGGUUUCAUGCCAUCUAACAACCAAAGAGUACUGCCCUACUGUCGUAUCGGUGAGACCGACGGAAGGAAGACAACAAGGGAAGAGCAGAGAGGAGGAGGAGGAGGAGGAGCAAGUGUUGUGGCUGGAGUGUGAAUCAAUCGUCUCGGCUCCGCUCGUCUUCCUUCCCCAUUCCAUUCCGUUCCAUCCCGGAUCGGAUCGCAUCGCAUCCAUCGAUGGCGGCGCUCAGCCUCCGGCAGAAGCAGCUCGAUCUGAUCGUGCGGAUGCUGCACCUGAACCAGCAGUCGCCACCACCCGGCACGGCGGCGGAGGAGGAGGUGUACAAGAUCCUGGUGCUAGACAGCUUCUGCACGUCGCUGCUGUCGCCGCUGCUCCGCGUCGCCGACCUCCGCAAGCACGGCAUCACCCUCUUCUUCCCCAUCGACAAGCCGCGCCAGCAGGUCCCCGACGCCCCCGCCGUCUACUUUCUCCGCCCCACCCCCGCCAACGCCGACCGCGUCGCCGCCGAUGCCGCCGCUGCGCUCUACUCCUCUUUCCACCUCAACUUCUCCUCCGCCCUCCCGCGCCCGCUUCUCGACCGCCUCGCCGCCGCUGCCGCCGCCUCAGGCUCCGCCCACCGCAUCGCCCGCCUCGCCGACCAGUACCUCGACUUCGUCUCCCUCGAGGACAAUCUCUUCUCCCUAGCCCAACCCCGCUCCUACGUCGCCCUCAACGACCCCGCCGCCGCCGACGCCGACAUCGAGGCCCUCGUCGACGCCCUCGCGCUCGGCCUCUUUUGCGUCGCCGCCACGCUCGGCGCCGUACCCGUCAUCAGGUGCGCCCGCGGCGGCCCCUCCGAGAUGGUCGCCGCCGCCCUCGACUCCCGCCUUCGCGACCAUCUCCUGGCCAAGCCCAACCUCUUUACCGAGGCCGCCUCCGCCUCCUUCCACCGCCCAGUGCUCUGCCUCUUCGACAGGAACUUCGAGCUCUCCGUGGGGAUACAGCACGACUGGAGCUACCGCCCCUUGGUCCACGACGUCCUCGGCUUGAAGCUCAACAAGCUCAAGAUGUCCGCCGACAAGUCCGGCCCAGCCAAGACCUACGAUCUGGAUGACUCCGACACCUUCUGGGUAGCCAACAGCUGGUCGCCGUUCCCGAAGGUAGCCGAGGAGAUCGAGGCCCAGCUCGCCAAGUACAAGCAGGACGUCGAUGAGGUCAACCAGCGCACCAGUGGAAGCAAGGACAGGGUCGAGUUUGAUGGCACGGACCUCAUUGGCAACACCAAGCACCUCAUGAAUGCAGUGAACUCACUCCCAGAGCUGACAGAACGCAAGAAGAUGAUCGACAAGCACACAAAUAUCGCGACGGUGUUGCUUGGGCAAAUCAAGGAGAGAUCGCUGGAUGAAUACUGUGACUGCGAGAAUGACAUGCUCGUGAAGGGCACCAUGGACCGGAACACGCUGCUGAGCCUCCUCAGGGGAAAGGGCACCAAGGAGGACAAGCUCCGGCUGGCUCUGACCUAUCUCCUCUGUUUUGAGACGCCUCCACCAUCCGAACUGGAGCAGGUCGAGGUUGCUCUGCAGGAGUCAGAAGUGGACAUGUCUGCGUUUCAGUAUGUCAAGAGGAUAAAGUCAUUGAACACGCACUUUGCUGCCUCAUCAAGCACAGCAAGCAGGAGCAACAUUGUUGAUUGGGCAGAGAAGCUCUAUGGGCAGUCCAUUAGCGCAGUGACAGCAGGGGUGAAGAACCUCUUGUCGGCAGGGAGGCAGCUAGCCUUGACAAGGACAGUUGAGGCUCUCAUGGAAGGGAAGCCGAACCCAGAGGUGGACAACUACCUGUUGUUUGACCCACGGGCCCCUAGAUCGGGAAGUGGUGGUCAGUUGAAAGGGCCCUUCAGAGAAGCAAUCGUCUUCAUGAUUGGUGGCGGGAAUUACAUUGAGUACAGGAGCUUGAUGGAGCUGGCAGAACGCCCACAACCUUCCAAGCAUGUCAUAUACGGAGCAACGGGGAUUCUCAAUGGGGUGGAGUUUAUCCAGCAACUCGCGGAAUUGGGGCAGAAAACAGGCUUGGGAGGCAGCAGCAGCAACCCUCCACCAUCGCAGUAAAUAGGCUCUUUCUUUCACAGAGUUUUUGAUGUUCAGGGCUGUACCAGGUUGCAAAGUUUAACGGUACGGGAUUUCCCCCAAGUGAACCUGCCUUGGUCAAUACUAGCUUUCCUUUUCUGUGAUACCCCUUGAACAUUAUCAGAUAUGAUAAUCUAUUUACAUUUGGCCGGUUUCAGUUUGUUGAGAAAUUGCUCUUAGUAUAACCUUACUUGUUCUUUUGUACACUAGUGACAAUUAGUGCCGGUGCAGUUGUUAUUGAACUUGAGUUACAAUUUAGGCGAU